AACAGGCCCAGCGCUGCUUUUUCUCGAGUGAUAGGUGACACUUGGGUCGGCUGCGUCGUGUCGGGCUGCCCUUGGCCCUUCUGCCCGGCGUUUUCAAGUACAUGAUCGUAAUUCUAGUUCAUGUCUCACGCCCCAGGCGGGCCUUGCUGCACAGGUGGUGUGCACUGCACUGUACCUUGCGGUCUGGUCCGAGUCGGGACCCAAUGCCCCGGGCGGGAGGAGUGUCCGCCUGGAAAUGAGCUGGAGCCGCCUGAGGUCCUCUUAGCUCCUGUGAGCCCGUGAAGGGCAGUCGGCUGACUUGUACAGUUGUAUUUCUUUGCAAGGAAGUUUCCUGGACAUUUCUCUCCCUUUUCCAAUGACUAGAAAAGCUCCCAGCCCGCCGUCAAAACUUGGAGCACAUGAGCCUUCUCAAGCACACAAAGAACGUUGCCUUCUGAGAAUAGUCCGAGGAGAAUUUUGAGGAAAGAACUUAAUAAAUCUGAAAUGAUUAGCGUGGUCAUAGACAAAGAGCCGAGGACUGUUACUCGGGAGACUGGUUCGGGCAGAGGGCCAGGGCUUUCUGGGCCUCUGUCCUCUGUUGUGAAAGGGAGGUUUGGAAUUGAAAGCUAAGGCCCUUUCAACCCCCAAAUUCCAUUUAUGCCUCCAGUUAGAUGUUUCCUAUGUAGCUAAGAGGGGAGGUUUUAGUGUACUUAACAAAAAUUUUUGCUGGUGGGUUGCGGCAGCUGGAUGUGGGAUCUGUUCCCAGACCAGGGAUUGAACCCAGGCUACAGGUGGUGAAUGCUGAUCCUCACGACUGGACCACCAGGGAACUCCCUUAAUCCUACUUACUUAGCAAAAGCAUUUGGUAAAACAGAUUUCUUGGGAUGAGAAUUGGCGCUUAUUAGAAUGUGCUCUUUCCAUGGGUAUUAAGUGAGUCCUGAUGUGUAGCCUGGCACACUGGCAAGUCUCAGGGAGAGGAAAGUGGGAACAUGAGGGCUUGGGGACCUGACGUCCUGGCCGUAGCUAGUGUGGCAGGGCUGUCACAUUGCUCUGCAAAGUCACUGAAACUCACCCACCUCAGCCGCACAGCUGAUGCUCAGCCCUAAGCCUCUAACUUCAGCUGUGUGAUCUGGCCUUACCUUUUAUAUGUAAGCAUCUACGUGCACAAAAGACUACAAAGAAUUUGUUCUUAUGAUAUCAACAACCACCUGAAGGCCUACUGUGUGUCAGGCUCAGGGAGUUAAUCGUGAACAAAAAUCCUUGGGUGUUACCCUCAUGGGAAUCGCAUUGAACUCAUUUCCAGGAAGCUGCUGUCUUGGAGGGGGCAGGGGAUGGACCUGACGGCUUCCAAGGAAACCUUCAGACUAAACUGAAAAGUAUUUGCAUUUGAGAAGUAGUAAGAAUAGUACCUCGUCACAAAAUGUAGUCUUGGGUUUUCUUUAGCUUUCCUGAGUAUGAAAACAAACUACCUGUUUUCUGGGGCAAUCAAGCCUCAGCUGCUGAGAGCACCAAAUUCCUCUAGUCCUGUCUCGUCAGUCGUGCCCUAUAACCAGCGGAGAUGUUGGCCCCUGACCACAGGAGUCUGUGUUGAGAUAAAGAGGCCAGACGGGGUCAGCUGGUGGCUGAUUGGAACUGCCUGAGAGGUAAGUGGUCUUCAGCCCAGUUCCCUCCCCUUCUGAUUGAGCAGAGCCGUAGCGAACUGUCCCCAAGGGGCCAAGGUCUCAGGACUGCAUCCCUUAGAUAAGUCCACUGACUUGUGAUGGGACCAGCUAAGACACUCAACGCAAUGGCCAUGAGGUCCCUGGUUCUUUGUGGCCCCCCAGGGGUGAGGGAAUGGUGGGGUUUUCUAGGUAAAGGGAUGGCUAGAAUCCAGGUGAACCCUAAGAGGUCUCCGUGCCCCCUCCUCCCCAACCUGAACUGUUCCCUGAUGUAAAUGCCUCGGGGACAGCGCUCUUUGGGGAGCGUUUACUAAGAAUAGCAACUGGUGGUGCCUUGGGGUCUGACCAAGGCUUCCCCGACCCCCUAGGACUGGCUCCUCUGGUGACUUUGGAGUGGCAUCAAGUACAGGCAGGCCCCCGCCGGGGGGCGUUCUUCCGCGGAAUCCCACGGGCGCGCGGGGUGCCACCACAACCGGGCGUCGAACGGGGCCGCGCCCCCGGUUCCAAACGUCUGUCGUCCGUGAGCCGGCGCCAGCGCGGGGCAGUCCAAGGCUUGGGAUCCGACGGCGGCGGCCUGACCCCAACGGGGAGGCGGGCGCUGUUUCCCGGGAGCGAAGAGUGGGGAGCCCGGCGGCCUUUCUCUCCGUCCUCGGGGCGGGCUUCAGACCCAGGGGCACGGGCGCCCCGGGGCCUCGCAGGGGCCCGGAAAGGCCCCAGAGACGCGGUGAGCGGCGCAGGAUCGCCAGAGAAGGCGCACGAUGCCGCCCGCGACGCUGGCCCCCUCGGUCUCCCUCCGGGAGCUGGCCGACCUCGCCAUCGGCACCCCGGAGGUGGGCGCCGUCAACUUCACGGCCCUGCACACGCUCAUCGUGGCCAUGCUCAAGAACCUCAACCUGCAGGAGGCGCGGAUCAACUACCAGGCCCAGCUGCCCGAGCAGAGCCGCUCCUUCGAGACCCCGCGGGCCUCGAGCAGCACCCCGCAGUUGCCCGUGUCCAAAGAGAGGCGGAGGAGCAGCGUGAGCGGAGCGCCGCCGCAGGCGCUGGAGAGCAAGGUCAAGGACCUGAGCGGGCAGGUGCAGGACCUCAGCAGGCAGCUUAAGACCGUGGAGAGCCAGGUGCAGGCCAUCGUGGCGCACAUGCAGCACGUCACCGUCCAGACCAGCGGGCUGCAAGCCCGGGAGUGGCUGGAGGCCAAGGAGAUGGACCUGCUGGCGCAGGAGAAGGCGCUGAGAGAGUCGAUGAGAGUUUGGAAGGACCGCGAGCCGGUCCCGGAAGUGGGCGCGGUCCGCCAGGCGGGCGCGAGGGGGGCUGCCGGGCCGGAGGCUCCCAGCCAAGCCGCUCUCCGGCGCCCCCUGGAGCCGAGCCCCGAAAAAGCACUGCGGGAAAGCGGCCGGAGCUGGGAGGUGCCGGAUGGCUUCCAGGCCUUACAGAUCCUGGAGCUGCUCCAGGAGGUCAUGGAGGAAGUGAAAAUCCUGAAGGAAGCCCAGCCAAAGGGAAAGGAGCUCCCUGAGGUGCACCCCGAGAACCUCCUGCAGCGGAUCGACGAACUGGAGAGGCUAACUAAAGAGCGGGACAAAUUCCUGGAACUGGUGAGCCGGAAGCUGAGUAUGAUGCCUUCGAUGGAAGAAGCCACUAUGGUCACCUGGGAGGAGCUGGAGCAAGCGAUUACCGACGGCUGGAGGGCCUCGCAAGUGGUCUCGGAGUCAUCAACAGGCCUUCCUAAGCGCAGAGGGCAGUCCUCCGUGACAUCAAAUGAUAUAAUUAUUCCAAGCGGAGCCUCCACCAAGCGUCCGAGUCUUGACCAGGCGAUGGAGUCUGCCACUGGUUUGAUCACAGAUAAGACCUUUUUGGGGACCAGUGGCAUAGGAUACCCCUCUGAAGGGGUUACUGGCAGGGACCGAAGCAGAGGUACCCCUGCUCCUGGGUUUCCUGGCAGAGAACAGCACUCCAGGGCCUGGGAUGAAGCUGGCCCAGCCAAACCCUAUCACCCCACAGUGUCCCAAUUCAGAAUAGAGUCAGAUCGUCACAGAUCAUCUAGAGAGCAGCACGGCUUAGCACAUCUACGCAGAGAGGAGCAAGAUGCACACCUCGGCCCCGUUUAUCAGGGUUUAUCCCCAGCCACCUUGGCCAGAGACUGGCAUAGGGGAGCAUACAUUAGCCAGGGUCCAAUUUUUGCAAGGCCAGAUCAAUAUGGACUCGGAUUACUAGCCACAGAUCAGCUUGCUUCGCUCACUCCUAGCACUUACGCACAAGGCGUGGUACCCCUCUAUGUGGGUCAGCUUGGAGCGGUACCCCCUGGAAUGGAUGAGCAGGAAUUGGUACUGCCUGACAUGGUUCAGAGGGAUGUGGUGCCACCCUUGGCACCCAGCAGAGAUGAGCAAGGAUUGGAACUAUCUCGUUCAGAUCAGUCUGGUGUGGUUCCACUUCGCACACCUCAGCACGGUGUGAUAAUUCCUGGUACAGACCAACGUGGUAUAAGACAGCCUGGCGUGGACAAGAGUGGUAUUGGACCACUUGGCAGGGAUGAGCGUGGAUUAGUACCUCUUGGCAUAGAUGAGUAUGGAUUUGCAGUGUUUCCCAUGGAUCAGCAAAGAUUGUUAUCAGCUGGUUUGAUACACGUAGCUGCAGGUCCGCAAGGUUUUGUGCAGCCCGGUUUUGGAACAUCUGGCUUCAUACAACCUGGCACAGAGCAGCCUGGCUUGGUCCAGCCUGGUGCAUCUCAGCCUGGCCUGGUGCAGCCUGGCGUAGGUCAUCCUGACUUGGUGCAGCCUGGUGCAGCUCAGCCGGGCUUGGUGCAGCCUGGUGCAGCUCAGCCGGGCUUGGUGCAGCCUGGUGCAGCUCAGCCAGGCUUGGUCCUGCCUGGUGCAACUCAGCCCAAUUUGGUGCAGCUUGGUGUAGGUCAGCAAGGCUUGGUCCAGCCUGGUGCACCUCAGCCUGACUUGGUCCAGCCUGGUGCAGCUCAGCCUGUCCUGGUGCAGCCUGGCGCAGCUCAGCCUGGCUUGGUGCAGCCUGGCGCAGCUCAGCCUGGCUUGGUCCAGCCUGGUGCAGCUCAGCCGGGCUUGGUCCAGCCUGGUGCAGCUCAGCCUGGCCUGGUCCAGCCUGGUGCAGCUCAGCCGGGCUUGGUCCUGCCUGGUGCAGCUCAGCCUGGCCUGGUCCAGCCUGGUGCAGCUCAGCCUGGCUUGGCACCUGAUGCAGCUCAGCCGGGCUUGGUCCUGCCUGGUGCAGCUCAGCCUGGCCUGGUCCAGCCUGGUGCAGCUCAGCCUGGCUUGGUGCAACCUGAUGCAGCUCAGCCUGGCCUGGUCCUGCCUGGUGCAGCUCAGCCUGGCCUGGUCCAGCCUGGUGCAGCUCAGCCUGGCCUGGUCCAGCCUGGUGCAGCUCAGCCUGGCCUGGUGCAGCCUGGUGCAGGUCAGCCUGACUUGGUGCAGCCUGGUGCAGCUCAGCCUGGCUUGGUCCAGCCUGGAAUAUAUCAGCCUGGCAUGGUGCAGCCCGGUGCAGCUCAGCCUGGCAUGGCGCAGCCCGGUGCAGCUCAGCCUGGCAUGGCGCAGCCUGGUGCAGCUCAGCCUGGCUUGGUACAGCCUGGAAUAUAUCAUCUGGGCUCAGUGCAGCCUGGUACAGCUCAGCCUGGCGUGGUGCAGCCUAGUGCAACUCAGCCUGGCAUCAUGCAGCCUGGUGCAGCUCAGCCGGGCGUGGUCCAGCCUGGUGCAGCUCAGCCUGGUUUGGUGCAGCCUGGUGCGGCUCAGCCUGGUUUGGUGCAACGCAGUGCGGGUCAGCCUGGUUUAGUGCAAGCUGGUUUAGCUCCACAUGGCUUUUUUCAACCUGGUGCGUCUAUGCCUGGCUUGUUUCCACCUGGUCUGGUACAGCCUGGUGCCCAUCCACGUGGUUUCAUGCGGCCUGGUACGGAUCAGCGUGGUUUGGUUCAACCUGCAAUAGAUCACCGUUGGUUGCGGCAGUCUGCUACAGAUCGAGGCUUGAUACCACUGGGCACAGAGCUUCCUGGCUUUCCAACAAUCCAUGCAGAUCCUCCAAGUUUCCUAUCACCGAGCCCACACCAGCACGGCGUGGUAUAUCCUGGCAGAGAUCAGCAUGGCUGGGGGUCACCCUUCCUAGCCAGUCAAGGUUUGGCAUUGAGAGGUACAGACCAGGAGGGUCUGGAACCACGAGAGGCCUAUCAACAAGGGUUGAUGCCUCCUGGCGGAGCCCAGCAUGGCCCAACACCGUUGCGCACCCGCGUGGGUUCUGCAAGCCAGGAUCCACAGCCUCUGGAAACACCCGAACCGGAUGAGCGUGGUGACGUGGCCCCAGCUGCAGAGCCGCCCGACCAGGCACGGUCUAGCCCAGGUUCCCAGGACCUCGGGCAUCCCGGCCCUCGUGGCCCAGGGUACCCGGGUGUAGACCUGUUCUUCCAGGUGGGUUUGGAUCCACAUGAAACGUAUGAUGCAAGCCACCCUCGCAUGUCUAUUCAGACCACCCCAAGCCACGAGGCCGCCUUUCUCGGGGACACACCCCUGCCUGACAGUUCCCACCGCGCCUCGUCCGACAGGAGCAAUAUCCAGACGGAGCGGCACGACUCCCUGGAUAAACUGGCUCCCAGCUUCCCCAUGGCAGUGGAAACGUUUCGUCUGAUGGGAGAGCUCGUCGGCCUCUACGUGGAGCUUAAGGAAAACAUGAAGGAGCUGGAUGAGGAACAGGCCGGCCAAACGGACUUGGAGAAGCUCCAGUUCCUGCUGGCGCUGAUGGUCAGGAAGUCCAUCCCCGCCGACCUGCAGGAGCAGGUGAAGACCUUGAAGGCCUUGACCAAAGAAGUUUGUCAAGAAAAAGCCAAACUGGACAGGGUGAACAAGAUCCUGGAGGGCGAGCAGGAGCAAGAAACGGGAAAGGACGUGAAAGCUGGCCCGCUGAGCCUGCAGCUGGGCAUCCUCAGAGUCACCGUGGCCGACAUCGAGAAGGAGCUGGCGGAGCUCAGGGAGAGCCAAGAGCGGGGCAAGAUCAGCCUGGAACAUUCGGUCUCCGAAGCCUCCCUCUACCUCCAGGAUCAGUUGGACAAGCUCAGGACAAUCAUCGAGAACAUGCUGGCCUCGUCCUCCAAGCUGCUGUCCAUGAGCAUAAGCGUGGCCCCCCAGAAGACCCUGACAGCCCUGACGCCCGGGGAGCUGGACCCUGAGGCCACCUGCCCGGCCUGCAGCCUGGACCUGAGCCAUCAGGUCAGCAUGCUGGUGCAGCGCUACGAGCAGCUCCAGGACAUGGUCAGCAACCUGGCCGCUUCCCGGCCCUCCAAGAAGGCCAAGCUGCAGAGCCAGGACGAAGAGCUGCUGGGCCACAUCCAGGGCGCUAUCCUGCAGGUGCAGGGCGACUGCGAGAAGCUCAACGUCACCACCAGCAGCCUCAUCGAGGAUCAUCGGCAGAAGCAGAAGGACAUUGAUGUGAGGGGGGGCGGGGCGGCGGGGGGCCGAGGCACAGCCCCGGGUCCUUGCUCCUCAUCCUCUGCGCCCUCGGCCUCCCAGCUGUUGUACCAGGGACUGGAGAAGCUGGAGAAGGAAAAGGCCAACCGGGAACACCUGGAGAUGGAGAUUGACGUGAAAGCCGACAAGAGCGCCCUGGCGGGCAAAGUGAGCCGAGUCCAGUUUGACGCCACCACGGAGCAGCUGAACCACAUGAUGCAGGAGCUGGUGGCUAAGAUGAGCGGGCAGGAGCAGGACUGGCAGAAGAUGCUGGACAAGCUCCUGGUACAGAUGGACAACAAGCUGGACCGCCUGGAGCUGGACCCCGUGAGGCAGUCCCUGGAGGAUCGGUGGAAAUCCUUGCGACAGCAGCUCAAAGAGCGCUCCCCCCUCUACCAGGCGGACGAGGCCGCCGCCAUGCGGAGGCAGCUCUUGGCUCAUUUCCACUGCCUCUCAUGUGACCGCCCCCUGGAGACUCCUGUGACUGGACAAGUCAUCCCCGUGACUCCUGUGAGCCCAGGCCUGCCUGGGCACCGGUCCAUCCGCCCCUACAUGGUUUUCGAACUGGAGCAGGUCCGGCAGCAGAGCCGCAGCCUGAAGCUGGGCAGCGCCGCCUUCCCCCGGGGCGACCUGGCGAAGACGGAACGGAGCGUGGGGCGCCUGCGCAGCAUGCACUCCAAGAUGCUGAUGGACAUCGAGAAGGUGCAGAUCCACUUCGGGGGCUCGGUCAAGGCCAGCAGCCAAAUGAUCCGCGAGCUGCUGCAGGCCCAGUGCCUGAGCUCCCCCUGCUAUAAACGGGUGCCGGAGACGGCCGACUACACCUACUCGACGGUGCCCCGGCGCUGCGGGGGCAGCCACACCCUCACCUACCCCUACCGCCGCAGCCGCCUGCAGCACCCGUCGCAGGGCCUGUGCCCCACCGAGGAGAUCCAGAUUGCCAUGAAGCACAACGAGGUGGAUAUCCUGGGCCUGGACGGACAUAUUUACAAGGGACGCAUGGAUACGAGGCUGCCAGGCAUCCUGAGCAGAGACAACUUGGGGAUUUUAAAGCCCAAGCCCAAGCAGUUGCGGCCCCACGCACACCAGCCGCCGUCCCUCAGCGACAGUGGCCAGCGACUCUCCCGGCCCCAGAGCGCGCGGAUGCUGGCGGGCCACAACUCAGCUCCUUCCCGUCAGCAGCAAGAAAGACCAGUCUCCUCAGGGGGGAACCUCUCCCAGCCCAGCGCGGGCCACCUGCCCAGCCCCAGCGACAUGGCAAACCUGCCGGCAGCACUGGAGAUGCAGAUGGACGUGCCUCCUGGGGAGGGGAUGGAGGAGCCCACCCGGGGGCCGAGGUCCACCGCUGCUCCCUGAGCAGAGCUAUAAAUAAACGUUUAGGGGCUGUGAGUCUUCUCUAGCGCUGGUGAGAGGGAGGGGCCGCGGCAGGUGGAUGGCAGACCCUGGUCGCCUGGGAAUUAGGCCACAGGCCGAGCUGUUCAGCGAGGGCGCUGCAGAGGGCUGCGUGUUACACCAGAGCGAAGAGGCCGCAGUGCAGCCCAGACCCCAGGCCCCCAGGGCUGGUGGGCCUGCAAGGGGUCUGCCUGCUCCCAACUUCCUGUUCUCGCGUCGGAUCCCGCACUGCAUCCCGUGCCGAGGCUUCUCUGGCACCGGCCCCGCCUUCCAUGGGGGAGGCAGGCCUGGAGGCUGGCCCCGCUGCCUGGCGUCUGUGCUCCUGCUCGGGCUGAACUUUGGAACCAAGCUGGGAGGCAAAACCAGGGCCCGCCCCUCCUCUGGCCCCAGCUGAGAAAUGUCGGAAGGUGGGGCUGGUCGCCGGCCUAGGAUCCAGACUCAGCAGCUUGGCAGGGAGGAGCCGCAGCCAGGCCCCCCACCGCCGCCGCAGAAGGGCAAGGACGUCCCCCAAGCAGCCCGGGCCACCUCCGCACCCCUGCACCUGGGCCCGGCCGCCCAGCACCCAGCGCCCACGCGCCCCAGAGGGGCUUCCCCUCCAGCCUGGGAAAGCACAGGUGGGCAGGGUGAGGGGCCUGGGAGGGAGGAGUCUCGCGUUUCCAACCAGGAAACAAAACUGAAAGGACAAACCCAGCCUCAGAGCACAGGGACGGUCACACACGGAGGGACCAAGUUGUGCCAGCCGGCCCCACGCCACUCCCGCAGGGGCUGCCCCAGGCCACCUUGGGCAGAUGUGAACAGGCUGGGGGGCCGGGGGGCCUCUGGCCUGCCUGGUGGGGCCCUUCCCAAGUGUCACAGCACCUGGGGCCUGAACCUCCGGACCCCGCAGCCCUGACGGCCAGCAGCGCCCACUGCAGUGCUGGGGCUGCCAAGACAGAGGGAACAGACCAUAGUGUGGACGGGGUGGGGCUGGGGCCAAGGGGCUGCAGCACGAGGCCCGAGCCUGGGGUGGGCUCCUCACCCACCUGUUCCAGAGCCUGAGAAAGGGCCCCACUGGGCCAAGAAUCGCCACCACUGCCUGGCCCCCCCGUCCUGAUGCCUGGAGGCUGAGCAGGGAAAGGAAACCAGUCCCCUGGGGGGCCCACCCCGUCUCUGUGGCUCCAACAGCCCCGGUGGACCUUUGGAACAGGCCACCCCAACGGAGGCCGAGGGCAGGAAGACUGGAAAUGGGCUCAGCGGGAAGGUGCCUGGGGGGCCAGCAGAAGCCUGGAGCCACCAUCGGGCCCCCAGGUGGGGAGGCAGCCCCCCGCCCACUGCAGACAGGCCCCCCUGCGUGCUGAGGCCUGGCCUGUGGGGAGUUGUGCGGUGACGGCCAAGGAGGGGGUCGCCGGCGGCAAGCCAGGACCAGCCCUUCCUCCCCCCCCCCAUCCAAUCGGAUCCAGCCUGGCCUAUCAGCCGCCUGGUCUGGAUGCCCCGGUCCGAACAUCCAGACCAGCCGUGUGACAACGGUGGCCCCAAGACCGCACCACGGCGAGCCCCCCACCCGCUUCCCAACCCACCGAGGAGGGCCUGCCCCGCACCAAGGUAAAUAAAGCACCGCAAACCAGGGAAGUUAGAAAAGUCUCUUUUAAGUUUUAAAUUAAAAUUUCACCCUGGUGAGAUGAUUGACUGGGGACCAAAACCCAAAGGAAAGCUCUCCACCAUCGCCGCAGACACAGAGGAAGAGAGGCAGGGUGGCUGCGGGGUCAGGCCCCCGCCAGCAGAGCCUGGGCCUUUGGCCGAGCCGGCUCUUGAGUCCCACACAAGCCCUGCACCCCUAGCUGGAGACGGGCGACACCAGGAGAGGUGACAAGAACUGGAGAGUGACAGAGGAGCCAGCCACCAGCGGGGUGGGGAGAGCCUCUCAAUGGCCAAGAGCCCCCCACCUGCGGCCACCGGCACCUCUGGGAGCCCCUCCUGCAACCCCUCAUUGGAGUGGAGGGGUGAUCAUCCUUCUGCUUCUAGAAGGUGUGACCUCUGAGAGGAGGCAGCUAGCAGACCCCAAGUUCGGGCCCCCUGGCUUUCCAGCACCUGCCCUGGGGCUGGGGGGAGGAUCCCGACCCUUCCCCGCGGACAACACCCUGUCAGCCAGCCCCAUACUCACAUACAUUAGUUAUUUUUAUAUAUUCAUAUAUAUUAUCGUUAUAUAUUAAAAAGAGAAAAAAAAAAAACUUGCCUG